CCUACCAGGGCAACAACGACAAACGGUAAACAACCACAGAUACUAUAUAUUUGUAUACAGUGAAACACAAAACUCUACAAAAGCGACAACAAUUAUAUCGUCUUAAGAUAAAAAAAACCCCACCAAUUUUGAUUCUGCACUGUCACUGCUCGAACAGUUGACUGUUCCUUGGUACUGCCAGUGGGGAUAGUGGAGAAGAGUGAAGUACAAAAUGUAGUGACAAUCAUGUUGUAUAAUGAACAAUGAUGAUGACUACAGUAGGAAUUUCAGCAUUGGAUCAGAUCGUGAAUUAGAUAACUUGUCAACGAUCAGAAAUCUUGAUACAUCACAUAGUGACGUAGAAUUUAGGAAGACAAUGGACAGUUCUUCAUAUGAUAAACAUGGGGAAGGGAGAACUUCAAGAGAAGGUAGAGGUCCAAGAACUGGACAUUGGGCAUCAGAAUUUGGAACUGUGGCUGAAACACUGGAAUCACAUAAUCAAGAAGGAGCAGAUGAUACACCAGUGAGGAAGUUGAAACAAAAAAAUGUAACUAUAGGUCCAGUAGAGCGAGAGUAUUCUGAUGCCUAUUUGGAAAGCAAUUUACGUACUCCUCGUUAUAAUACACAUACUUCAUAUGAAGGAAUGUUGGAAAAUCUAGAUCCUGAAGAUCCAUUUGAUGGGGAUUAUACACCAUCAGGUAAACCAAAAUAUGAAAAGCGAAAAAAAUCAAAGAAAGAUAAAUCCCCAGAAGGACACACCAAAAUACCUGCACCUGCAAAAGAUGACAGUCAAAGAACACAAAAACAUCGGAGAAGUAAAAGGAAAAAAAAGGGACAAAGUUCUUUGGAGAGUACAAGUACUUUUACCAUUGAAGGCAAUACUAAUCAGUCAUUUAAGCUGACAGAGACUGAUAAAGCAUCUGUUAAAAGUAAUGGUACAUUUACUGUUCCAGAAAAAGGCUAUGGGAAGUCACCACGUUCUACGAGUCGUGCAUCUGCUGUUUUUAAUAGAUCAAGAAAAUCUAGACACUCAAAACGAACUAAAAUUGGGGUUGACAGGAAUAUCUUUAAGGACUUUGUGCAUGAGGCAAAUAUUAAGCAAAGAAGAUCAAAACACCUUAAGGAAUCAACACCAGGAUACAAACAUAUACCACACUUUCAUACAGACAGUACUCCUGAACUAUGUGAUUCCUUUGGAGAAAUUAUGUUUGUAGGUUAUGGCCAUGAUACUGACAAAUCACCAUACAUAAGAGUUUCACCUGACACAAAUCCAAAUAUAAUUUAUGAACUGAUGCUAAACAUAUGGGAGCUAAGUCAUCCUCAGUUGUUAAUAUCAGUGACAGGUGGUGCUAAAAGGUUUGAUCUGAAACCAAGGUUAGCUAAUAGAUUCAAAAGAGGUCUAAUGAAAGCAGCUAUUUCAACAGGUGCAUGGAUUGUGACUGGAGGUACAGGUACAGGAGUAAUGGAAUUUGUAGGGGAGGCUGUAAGGGACCAUUUUAUUACAUUUGGCAAACGUGACAAUAUUGUAGCACUUGGAGUACCAACCUGGGGAGCUGUGGCUGGCAGUGAGUCCUUAGAUGGAGAUGAUGAUCUAAAAGAUGGAUUAUUUCCUGCAGUAUAUAACAAACAUUUAGUAGAGUCUGCAACUGGAAAGAAAGUACCUUUAGACCAUAACCAUACCCACUUUAUACUGGUGGAUGAUGGAACAGACUCUAAAUUUGGAGGGGAAAUAGAAUUUCGCUCUAAACUUGAGGGCCAUAUAUCACAACAAGAAUGUAACCCAGAAUCAGAAACAUGUGUAUAUGUACCAGUAGUAAUGAUCAUUGUUGAAGGAGGUAUUAAUUCUAUGAAGACAGUAUGGCAGUCUAUAAGAAAUGAAGUUCCGGUGUUAGUUUUAGAUGGAUCAGGCAGAGCUGCUGAUUUUAUUGCUGAAGGUUAUAGACAGACACAAGUGGCAUCCUUAAAAAAUAGACAGACUGAAAAAAGUGCUUUUAGUGCAAAUUUUGAAGAAACAAUGGCAGUAGUUGCAGAGGAAUUAUUUGAAUGGAGACCCCAAGAUUUUUCUAAAAAAUCAGCUAUUAUAAGUGGUGCUAUUCGACAAUUAAGGGAAUGCUUGGAGAAGCGAAACAUGAUUCAUAUAUAUGACUUAGAAAAUGCUAAAGAGGAAAUGGAUGAGGCUAUCCUUCUGACUUUAUUCAAGGCUAAUAAGUCCAGUACAGAUGCCCAGUUAUCAUUAGCACUUACAUGGAACAGGAGUGACAUUGCUAAAAAUCAAAUCUUUAAAUUAGCAAGUAGAGAUAAAUGGCAGGAAAUGAAUCUUGAUGAUGGAAUGGUAAAGUCAUUGAUCCAGAACAGAACAGAAUUUGUCAAGUUAUUCUUGGAGAAUGCCACAGAUAUGGAACAGUUCUUAGAUAUCAACAAUCUGUGGAAUAUUUAUGCCAAUUGUAUGGUAGACAAGUCAGACAGGGCAGCCCAGCUUCUAAAAAAUCACAUGAUGUACAUAAAGCAAUCCUGGGGAGCUUAUUUCUGUUGCCGACCUUUAAGUACAUUCCUUGAACAGCCUCCAGAUUUACUGGUACAGAUUGGUAAAGUGAUUGUUCAUCUUCUGGGAGAUGAAGCUUUAAACCCUUACAAAGGAAGCAGCAGUUCAACUUACAUUGUAGGAAAUGUACUACCCAAAUUAGGAUAUAUAAAAACACAAGAAACAGAAAAAAGAAAACAUAUGGCCUUUUCCAAAAGAAGAUCUAAAAUGAAAGUUUAUUUUGAUAAUCCAAACAAAGAAUUAUUUCUAUGGGCAGUGAUGAUGAAUAGGAAAGAUAUAGCAAUGCUUUUCUGGAAACGUGGAAGAGAUUAUACAUGUUCGGCUCUGAUGGCCAGUGCUUUGACCAAAGCUUUAUCAAACAUAGCAGAUUCUGAUGAAGAUAUGGAGCUAAGCUUGUCAUACAUGGAAAAUUCUAAGUUUUAUGAGGGUCUAGCAUGUAGUUUGAUAACAGAGUGUUACAUACAGAACCGAUAUUUAGCCACAUCCAUGUUAGUACAGACAGUAGAACAGUAUGGUAAUACCACACAGUUUACGAUAGCUGAUGCUAAUGAGAUGAUGGAUUUCAUGGGACAAACAGCAUGUAUGGCUAAACUCAACAGUAUUUGGAAGGGUAGAAUGGCUCUUUAUACAUCUAACAUGAAGAUUAUCAUCAGCAUUUUUAUUCCAUUCCUGAUCCCUGCAAUUAAGUUUAUUACCAGUAAAGCUCCGGGGGAAGAUUUAGAAAGGGAGGAAGAAGAAAUAAUCGAGGAAGAAUGUAUGGCCAUGUCAGAAGAUCCUCAUGCCACGACAAAUAAAGUGACACCUGAAAACACAAUAGACUUUACAGAGAAAGAAUUGAAGCCAAAAAAACAUGGAAAAUUUUACAAAGUUGCCAUGUGUGCUUGUGGAAAUACUGAUGACACAAUCAGCAUACCUUAUGCCAUUUAUUACUUCUACACAGCACCUGUCACUAAAUUCUGGAUCUAUUUGAUUUCCUACCUGGUGUUUAUAGGAAUAUUUACAUUGUUUGUACUGACAGAUUUACAUGCUACAGAUGAUGGUGGAAUAUCUGUGUAUGAGUAUAUAACUUGGGGAUGGACAGUCACUAUGGUGACGGAGGAAGUCAGACAGAUACUGAUGAAAGAACAGUUAUCCCUAUUAUACAAACUACGCAGUUGGUGGGGCAGUGUGUGGAACAAGUUUGACUUGAUCAUGUAUAUAUUGUUUUUGUCCUCAUUUAUUAUGAGAUUCUCUCUGUCAAAGGAGGACUUCCUUUGGGCCAGGAUGACCUACAGUAUAACCUUAGCCAUGUAUAUCAUGAGGACAAUGCAGUUCUUUUUUGUGGAGAAAAAUAUUGGACCAAAAGUGAUUAUGAUCAGGAAAAUGAUCACAGAUAUACAGUUUUUCUUCAUGAUAUUAGCAGUAUUUGUGUUUAGUUUUGGGGUGACCUAUCAAGCCAACUUGUUUCCCAAUGCUCCACAAAGCUGGAGCCUUCUCAAGGAUAUUGUUUACCUACCAUAUUGGCAGAUGUAUGGGGAACUUUUCAUAGAAAACAUCGAAGGAUCAGAGCCAUCAUCAUGUACAGAUGAUCCUGCCUUAUACCUAAAUGGGACAAUGACUAGAUGUCCCCAACAGAAUGCCAUAGUGCCUUUACUCUUAGCUAUUUAUAUGGUGCUGACAAAUAUCUUAUUGGUUAAUCUAUUGAUUGCCAUGUUCUCAGACACCUUUCAGAAGGUCCAGGAUAAAUCUGAGCAAGUUUGGAAGUUUUACAAAUUUUCUCUGGUAUAUGAGUACUACGACAGACCUGCAUUAGUUCCACCAUUUAUUCUUCUGAACCAUAUAUUCAGAAUAGUCAGAAGUAUGAUUGUGAUGUGCUGUGGGAAGUUCCCUUAUUAUAAUGAUUUUAGACUGGAAAUGCAGGAUGAAGAAGACAUUGUUAGAUUACAUUUGUUUGAAAAGGAAGCUAUGGAGACUUAUAUGUAUGAAACUAAGCAAGCAAUGAGCAAUGAUCUUAACUUCCAGGUGUCUUCUACAUCAGAAAGAUUGGAGAGAGUUAUAGAUGAAUUAGAUAAAAUAAAAGAGAGUGUAUCACGCCACAGUAUGGAAGGAUCAGACAGCAAACCUCCACUAACUGCAAGAAAAUCUAACGUUUCAAACAUUGGGAUGUCCACUACAACAACAGCUUCUGUACAGGGACCGAAUAUACAAGAAAAGUUUGAUAAAUUAGCAUUCUAUGUGCAUGCAGAAGUUCAGGAUAUGACCAAAGCAAUGAGCAGAAUGGAGAAGUUGUUACUGGAUCUAAAGAAAAAUCAGCUACAGACACCAUCCUUAGAUAUUACAAAUCUUCAUCCAGAUACCUAGUAAUAAGGGCUUGAAGUUAAAAAUAAAACAUGUUGUACAUUAUUCAUCUUACCCUGAGAAUAAAGUAAAAAAGAAUUCAUGUAUCACUGUGACAAAGAAGAAUACAAAAUUUGUCAAGAAAAAAGAUUCAAAUUAGUAUGUUGAACAACUUAUUUAAUAUAUAAUUAACAAUCAAAUUUGGUAUUUAAAGCCUGAAUAGUAUAUGUAAUGAUAAGUUGUAUUUUAAGAAAUUUAUUUUGAAGGAACACUAUAAUAACAAGGAUGUUCUUCUUGAGGAGUCAUUUGUUUAUUAUACAUAUAACCUCUUUUAGAGAUGACAUAUCAAUUAGGAACAAUUCUCUUCAACAAGUUCUGUAAGGAAUAUUUUGUAGUAAAAAGACAAGUCUUUUUGACUUACCCAAUAAUCAAUAUAAUCUUUAACCUUUUAAAAUCCUUUACAAAAUUUUAUUUAUAAAUGUUCAAUACACUCCUGAGUUUUAAAUCAAACUUUCAUUUUUUCUUACAGAAAUAUAUAUAUAAUUUUUAUAUGAUAACAAAAUUGUCAAAUCCGAGCCACUUCAUGUCAUUUUAUAUUUUAUAUGGGAUUUUAUAAUGCUCUGUUCAUUCUUGAAAUUUUUACAUUACGUUCCACAUUUCUUAAGAUGCAUUUGAUAUUAUUGUUACUAGUUUUUAAUGUAACUUCACAAAUUUAAUUUAAAUAGUUUAAAACCCUUAUUGUAGAUAGAAGAAAUAGAUCUGAUAUUUUUACAUUUUUAUACCAGUUCUUGAAACAAAAUCUAAAUCUAAAUCACUAAAAUACAAUUGACAAAUUUAUAAAUUUGAUUGAAAUAUUACAUGUAUUUCACAAAUCUUUUUGUUCUGUAAUAGAAACAGAAAUUUCAAAUAUAAAGAAACUACACAAUACAAUCUUGACUCAUCACACACAUGUACAUUUGUAUGAUUUGUAUAAAUAUGUAGUUAUUAAACUAUUUAUUAACUAUUAUACUAACUCUAAUUGUAGUUUGUCUUGUCUAGUUUGUAUUUGUUUGUAAGUACAUGUAUUUAGUUGUACAUUGUAUAGGAUACUUAAUGCAUUUUUUUCAUAUUUAAUUUUAACUUAUUAGUACAAUAUUUAUAGUUUUACAUUUUAAAAUAAUGACAAAUUACUUGAACUAUGUUAUGAAUUUCCUAACAGGAAAAAAGAAAGAAAAUAACUCCUUUUGUAUACAUGUAUUUAUUAACAUUUUUGUAUUUUAUUUAUUGUAUCUGAUUUUACAGUACAAAUCAGGUCAUUGCAGUCCUUGACAUGUUGAAAAUCCUUUUAUUUCAAUAAUCACAGACUAUUGCUGAAGCUGCGUACCUUACAUACAAAACACUUAAAAGAGAUGUUUUUUCAGAUACUGGUAGAUUUUUGUCAGGUGGAUGAUGUUAAGCCUAUGAUUUGAAUAAUAGCAGGAAUGUAAUAAGAUAAGUUGUUUGAAUACAAGUUUACAAGAAAAGUACUAAUUCUCGCAAUGUUUUUUCCCAUCAGAAUUGAAAAAUUUAAAAACUGCAUGUAUAGUGUAAAACAUAUCGUUACUGAAAAACAGCUAAGAUAAAAAGUUGUGACUUAUGAAACCAGAAGAAUUAUAUGCUGUGAAAAUCUAUAUGAAAACAGUAAUAUGCAUUUAUGUAUAAAUAUUGUUUGUUUUGUAUUUUAUAUUAUAUUUAAAAAUAAAAAUCCAUUUUUAUUUUUAAAACAUAAGUAAGCACUUUGUUGCAUUAAGCCCUAAUAUAACAAACUGAACAAGAAAUGUUUAAAAUAGAAGGUAUGUUAAAAAAUAUUAGGAGUUAUUCUUGGAGAAUUAAAUGUUGUUUAAUGAUUUCAUAGAUAGACAAGUAAGACUGUGAUAUUUAAUUCAUAUAUGCAUCAUGUUUUUAGAAGUACAAUCAUGUUAAGGUUGUUGUUUUAGUUAUUUCAUUUAAAUGGUUGUGUUUUAACACUGUAGAUACAUGUAUAUAUAAAUGUCUGGUGAAGUAUAAAACCUACUGGAAACUUGUAAAGAAGCCUUAGAAUUGACGUUGAUAGCAUUUACUAAUUCUGUCUGUUUGCAUUUCAUAUGGUUAUUUCAGAGUGUGCACUCUUGUUGAUUUUUGUUCUAAGUGAUAUUUAAGAUUUCCCAUACCAAAACAUGGACUUCUCCAUUACUGCAAAUAUUAUUUGGAAAAAGCAAGCAACACACAUCUUCCUUGGAAGACUCAUAGAUGCUGAUAAAUCAAAUUUAUGUUUGUUUAAGAUUGACUAAUGCAGUUUUGAAACUUCUUUACAAGCGUUAAGUGCUUUUGUUAAAAAAAAAGUGCCAUAACAUACAAUCAUUGAACUUGUUUUUAAUUCAAUUUGUAGGGCUUGGUGACCUUAUGACACCACUUGGCAAACAUCUUCUGGUUCAUAUUACUAUAUAUUUUUAUCUUCUUAGCAUGACUUUAAUGCUAACGAUGCUUAAAAUGUUCCACUGACCACUGGAAUUUUUGUCUGAAUGACAUUGAUUUUGUUGCAGAAAAUAAUGUUGGUAUGACUAAUUAGGCCUCAACACAAAAGUCUUGUGAGCGAUACAGAGCCUCAUGCUUUAUAGGUAAAACACGUCUGUGUAAGUGAUGAAUUAGAAUUGCAUUUAUAUUCAACAUACACAAUAGUCUUUAUGUUUUAAAAAUGUACAAAGAAGUGAUGUCACUCAGGGCUGUUCAGUUUUAUCACAAGCAGGCAUUAACUCAUAUUAUUGUUACCUCACGAUUUAUGUAUAUUUUACCCUACCACACGAUCACCACUUCAGGUGUUGGUUCACCAUAUUUAAUUUCAAUUUAUGUACAUGUAAGUUUUAAGAGGUUAAUAUAGGUAUCUAUACCAUGAUAAGAUUAUAAAAUAUCGUAAUAUUAAAGAAUAUCUGGAAUGAUUGACAUCAUUAAACCAUACUACAUCAAAUCCUUAUAUAGUAAUUCUACUGAAAUAUACUAAUUAUUUUUCUCGUCAAGAAAUCCAUAGUUUACUGAGAAAUCAUGUUAUAAAUUUUGGUCAUACAGAUGGUGAUCACAUGAUUAAUUACUUUGGUCAUACAGCUGGUGAUCACAUGAUUAAUUACUUUGGUCAUACAGCUGGUGAUCACAUGAUUAAUUACUUUGGUCAUACAGCUGGUGAUCACAUGAUUAAUUACUUUGGUCACACAGCUGGUGAUCACAUGAUUAAUUACUUUGGUCAUACAGCUGGUGAUCACAUGAUUAAUUACUUUGUUCAUACAGCUGGUGAUCACAUUGUUAAUUAUUAUGGUAUAGAUUACUAAAAUAACAUGCAGAAUGUUUUGAUUUAUUUUGCUAGUUCAAGUACAUUGUUUGUAUAAUGUACUUUUGAGGCAUUAUGUGUUUCGUGUUUAAUUUAUUCUUUGCUGUAUUUGUUCAUUGAAAUAUUGUCUUUUUUCCUUUACUUUUUUUCUUUAGUUUUAGUAUUUAAAACAACAAAAAAUACUUAUUCUAGUUAGUGUUAUCUGACAGCAUUGUAAAGUAUAAAAGCUGUAUGUUAUAUUCAGGUAUUAUUUGGUGAUGAAUUACUGUCAAUUUCUUGGCGAAGUAGAUUAUGCAUACCAAUAAUAAGACAUGGUAUAAAUUUUUGAGAUGUCAUGUGUGUGACUAACAUUGGUUUGUUUUGAAAUAUACUCCUUUCAUGGGUUAAACAGCUAUAGAAGGACAGAAAAUAAAGCAAAAUUUCAAAAUUCUAAUUAUUUGGCUUGCACAUGCUACAAAUACCAUACAGCAUAACUGUUGUCCAUAAAGAUAUUUUGACAGUAAGUGUAUAUUUAUUUAUCUUUCCACUGUCGAAAUUAAUCUUGGCCAUACUUUUGCUUUAUGUUAAUUCAGCAAAAAUGUUCUGUAAUGAGCCUAUUUUUGCUAAAAUCUGAAAAAAAAACUCCCUUAUGACACACUUUUAUGAUGUCAAAGACAAAAUGGUAUAAUCAAUGCUUAGCAAAUAUUUAAGUUUUAUGAAAGCCAUUCUUUAAGCUUAUAAUCAAGAAUUUGAUUUGUAAUGACCAGAUUAUGAUUUUUAAUUUUAUGUGAAUUUUCAGAGCCAAAUAAGCCUCAAAAUGUACUUGAAUGCACUUAUUUUCAACUGUCUUCAGCAAUCAAAAUCCCUGUGUCUGUGUUUCCUUGUGUCGGGUCUUGUAAGCACACUCACGUCCACAUUUCAUAUCAAAGGUUUAUAUCAGCAAUGUCAUGGACAAGUUUUGAAAAUUAGUGCCAAUCAACCAUUUUUACUAGAGUUGUGUCCCUUGGAAAUGUAAAUUCUAAUGGAAAUUGCAUUGUAACAGCUUUCAUGCAUACAUUUAUUGUCAAAUUUUUAUGAAAUUUCUAUCAAUGCCUAUAAUCAACCAUUUUGACAAGAAUUAUGUCUCUUUGAAAUGUGAUUUAAAUUGAACAUUUAAUUGUAAGAAAAUUGCACACCUACAUUUUUUGUAAAAAAAAUUAUGUAACAUAUAUUUUAAAGUUUUAUUUCAUCAAGGUAUAACUAUUGGAAGAGUUCAAAAUUCAGUGUCAAUAACAUAUAUUUUCUGGAGCCCCUUGAAAAUAGAAAUUAUAUGGAAAAUAACAUUGUAAGCGAUUCAUGUCUACAUUUCUGCAGGAUUUAUGAAAAAGUUUAAAACAACAAAAACAUUGUAAUUUGGAUUUAUUACCCUUGGACAGAGAAACUAUGUGGAUAAGUAGGGUACACUGUUGUUUUUUUAUAUUGCUAGAUAACUUUUAAGGUUAAAUGCAGUAUUGACUGUAUAAACCAAUAUACCAAGUAAACAAUAUGAAUGUUCUCCCUUUAAAUUAUCAUAAUUAAGGAAGUUAUUAUUGUUUUUUUCCUAAUCUAUUAGCAACCUAGAUAUCUGAAUGAUAUUGCUAGUAUCAAAGAACUACCAUGACUGUCAAAAAAAUUGCAUCAGAUUUGGAAAAUUUACCAUUCUAUAUUUUGUGGGUUAGUGUUUAUGUAUACAUGUAAUUGUUUUUAUGUCAUGGUUGUUACUAUUUUUUUACACAUUUUACACUUACUCCUAUUAAAACUGUUAAUUAUAGAAAGAAAAUAAAACGAAUUACUAAAA